GUGCUUUCAUGCACACUCAAAGCUGCAGUCACACUCAAAGCGGCAUGUACACCACACUGUAAAGUUCUGUGGGCAACAACGUCGGGUUAAACUUGUGACAUUCUGAGAUGUAUGGGCUUACCCUACUAGUUUCCUUCUGUCUUCAGUACACCUACAGUCAUACCGUGGUGAGUCACUUCACAAGGGCGGAAGAAUUAGAGGAUAAAGUUGGGAACGAGUGGAUUCGGGAAUUGGCCUACGACACAUUUGUUGACUGUGCAGGACUUUGUUUUAAAGAUGAAACUUGCUGUAGUUUUUCAUUCUACUCUGGAGCGUGUUAUAGACAUAUCUCACACUCGUCAUCGCUGUAUGAUAACUCGACCGGAAUGAAAACGUUCUUCAAGAAAGUUUCAGGUAUCUGUCCAUGCGGUUACCGACUCAUGGGAGACACAUGCGUGAUGGUGUACAAUGCACCAAUACCCAACGCUCAGGCUAGGAGCAGGUGCCAACAAGAUGGCGGAGAUUUGAUGGCCAUGACAACUGGUGACAAGCUAACAAGGCUCGUGAAUCACAUGCAGGAACAUGGAACAGACAUAACGCAACGCCGAACAGUUGGGGGUCAUGUCGACACCAAUCAGCAGUGGAAAUGGCUUGACGGAUCACAGGUUGACCUUACACAGCACGGGUCCUUUUGGUGCCAGUCGGAGCCGAAUUUCUUGAACAUUCAAAAAUGCAUGCAGCUGUCUACGAAUUCUACCUGUUUUAGAAACAGCAGAUGUGAUCGAGAAUAUGGGUAUAUUUGUGAGGUGCAGAACUAGCUGUUAUCGCCUAAUAGUGUAUUACUGUAGUCCGCUUACAGUGAAACCACAAUACUAUUUACCCUGGGUUAGUGAGUGGAUUUUGCAAUAUACUGACGUACAAAAGAUGGAACACACUUGGUGUUUUAGGACCAUUCAUAUUCUUCUGUAUCAGCUCCUGAAAGAUACAAUCUUGG